AUGGCCAAGAUAACUUCUUCACUUGUUCUCCCCAUCAUCUUUCUUGUGAUAUUAGCCUUAGCUGAGCAGAAUAUGGGCUGCAUGGCAAUUCUUGGCUCGUGCGCUAUCUUUACAGAUUGCAGUGGGUCAUGCAAGGUUCAAUUUGGACCAAAUACACGUGGUUACUGUGACCGUUCCGGAGGUGCUGGAACAUGUCUUUGCGUUUACAUUUGUCCAACCAAUGAAACUCAUAUGUGAUUUUGCACUACUUUAAAAUCUCAUAUAUAUAUAUAUAUAUAUGGUCGUCUAUAUAUAUGUACAAGAAACAAAAAUUCGAAAUAAUGUCAAAACCGUAGAUGUUACAAUAUUCCGUAAUAUUUUUAAACAUUUCCG